GUUUGGAAUGUUUACCAUUAUGCUCUAUGAACCUGCACUUUACCACUGCCCUUUUUUGCACAAGUGAUCUUUGCCAUCAGACUGUUUGUCUUCGGUACUGUUUAUCAAGGUUCCUCACGCAGCCACGAGCAGUCAAACGCAGUCACCACAACUCUUAAGCGGUGAGAUCGAUUAGUUUAUUUCAGCUAUUGGUCUCCAUUAUCCGAGUCUAAAGACAGAAAUGGUAGUACCAACUAUAAAACUAUCGUCCGGAUAUGAAAUGCCUAUGGUAGGCCUUGGAACAUGGCAGAGCAAACCAGGAGAGGUUGGAAAGGCUGUGGAAACGGCAUUGAAUGUUGGCUAUACUCACAUCGACUGUGCUUGGAUUUACGGUAACCAAAAAGAGAUCGGCGAAACUCUGAAGCGACUCUGUUCGUCAGGAAAUAAUAGAGCAGACAUUUUCAUUACCUCAAAAGUGUGGAACACAUUCCAUUCGGAAGCUGCUUGUAAGAAACAUGUACUCGAUAUUUUGUGCCAAUUGGGAUUGGAUUACAUUGAUCUCAUGCUGAUCCAUUGGCCAAUGGGCUAUGCAGAAGGUGGAGAACCAUUUCCGAAAAAAGAAGGUACUGACCAGACUGCUCAUUCUAACGAAGAUUAUCUAACCACAUGGAAAGUUUUGGAAGAUUUCGUCAAGGAGGGCAAGAUUCGUUCAAUAGGCGUAUCUAAUUUCAAUCAUAAACAAAUUGAGCGAGUCAUAGCCAAUUCGACAAUAAAACCAGCCGUCCUCCAAGUAGAAUUGCAUCCAUACUUUCAACAAAAGAAAUUACGUGCUUUUUGUAAAGAACAUGGGAUAGCAGUGACCGCUUACAGCUCACUCGGUAAUCCUGGAUCAGCUUUCUUCCGCAAAGAUGGCGAUCCAAAUGUACUGACCGACCCUGUAGUGAAAAAAAUUGCCGACGCGCAUGGCAAAACAUCCGCACAAGUUGCACUCCGAUGGGCAACACAACUGGAUAUCAUUGUCAUCCCAAAGUCCGUUUCAGAAUCCCGUAUUAAGGAAAAUAUAAACCUUUUCGACUUUAAACUCUCAGAUGAAGAAAUGAAGGAGAUGGAAGGCCUCGACCGUGGAUGGCGAAUUGUAAAUCUCAGCGCAAGUAAUCGCGAACAUCCUCAUAAUCCUUAUAACGAAGAGUAUUAGAAUGGCAUACCUCCACGUUGAUUUCACUUAUUGUUGCGAUUUGGCCAAGUAUUGCACGCAUUUUGUUACUUCUUUGAAUAAAAUUACCUUAAAU